CUUGAGCGAUCCACAAACACCCAACCAUCAAACUCAAGGGACCAAUGGAGGAACGGGCUGUGAAGCAAAGCCCGUGCACUAACAAUAAGGCUGCGGAUGGAUAUCAUGGAGAGUCAACCCAACCGCGGCUACCAGCCUGAAAAUAUCCCCCUUUUAUCUCUCAUAGCCAUUUCUUAUUUUCUCUCAUAAAUUCUUGUUAAUAGCUUUAUGCCCAUUUCAUUACCACAAUAUAUAUUCUCCGUCGGUUGGGGCUAUCAAGCUUCUAAAAGCACGAUGAACGGAAAUCUGUGGCCCUUGCGUCGUCUGUCCCAGAACCGAGUUUUUUCAAAAACCCACCCCCUCAUUACCGUCUUGCUAGCUACUAUUCUUAUAUUUGGUACAUUUCAUUACAUGUAUAUGGUCGAUCGAACCUCUUCUGACUAUGAGUACGCCGUCGUCCGAACUGGUAAAGCUUUUGGAACACACAACGACCAAGUUCAUGACCAAGAUCGAGUCUUGAGCCAGAGAGAGGAAAUCCCUAACAUCGCCCACUUCACAUACAUUCUCAAAGAUCCCAGCGCCGACUUCAACUUUCAGUUCAAACACUACCUCUCAAUCUACUCCGCCUGGCACUUUGACCGCCCCCAUACCAUCUACCUUACUACAAAUGCCAACAACGAGUCCGUUGCUCGAGCGGUUGACGGUCGCGCUGGAAAGUGGAAUAAUCGGAUCUUCAAUAUUCCUGGUUUGAGGAUAAAUCAUGUGAAAAUCCCAACAAAGGCUAAGAAUGGCGUCGGGAUUACAGGAAUGGAACACAAGAGCGACUUUGCUCGUGUGCAGGCCAUGAACAGGCUUGGCGGCGUCUAUCGAGACUUUGACGUUCACACGCUGCGCUCGCUCAGCCCACUGCUUCAGAGUGGCUUCAAGGCCGUGGUCGGUCGUGCCCAGGACGACAUAAUCAACAGUGGAAUCUUUCUAUCGACGGCUGGUGGCACGUUCAUCUCUACCUGGGAACACGACAUGCAUGAAGCUUUCGAUGGCUCCUGGUCUAGACAUAGUGACGCUGUCAUCACCCGACUAUCCAACAGGCUCGUCCGCGAGCCCCUCGAAGUUCUAAUUAUGGACCGUGUUGCUUUUGCUCCAGGAGGAUGGUUCGCUGAGGCAUACAUCACGCUCUUUGGGACGCACAACACUACAGAAUCCAACUUGGCUCGGUUUAAACCUGGCGAUACGUUGCCAUCAUUUGAAGAGAAGCUUGCAGAUCGCUGGCAACAUCCGGAAAAGUUUCCCGAUUGGGCCAUUGACUAUUCUAGCACAUAUCUCUUGCAUGCCUUUGCACCCGAUAGAUCUGGAUUUAAGAUUGAGGGGUUCGAUACAAUCACUCCACGUUAUGUUCUGGAGCGACAGAGUAAUUUUGCACGCGCAGUAUACCCAAUUGCGAAGAUUAUGUACGAUAGGGGACUGAUAGAUAUUAAUGACUCUCACGAGGGAUAA